CCCCUUCACUCUGUCACUAGACAGCCCAAUGGAGCAUUCUGCAGUCGAACCAAUACCCACCGCGGUCAGCAGCCUCCUGGGUGUCCCAGGGCUUAUCACCUGGGAUGGGGAUGAGGCGAACGACGCAGAGGUGAUCGGUGGCAUCAGGCCCAAGUCCUCUCCUCUCCCACGGAGAAGGAGCGCCAGUGAUUUAAAGGACUGUGAGCUCGAGCUCACCCCAUCCAGCUCUCGGAGAGUGUCCUUUGCGGACGCCCUCGGCCUAAACCUGGUGAAAGUGAAAGAGUUUGACUCGUGGGACAUAACAGUCCCGCUGAACUUCAAUGCCAUGGAGGGAGAGACAGAGGUAGAGGAAUACUACUUGUCCUCAUUAUACACUCCGUCACCAUCCCAAGAAGCCAUGGUCCUGAGGGUUCAGGAGCAGAAGCUAGAGCUGGAGAGCAUUGAGUUACUCUACCAGACUACAAUACUAAGGGGGGUGGUCCGCGUUCUCAAUGUCUCCUUUGAAAAGAUGGUGUACAUCCGCACCUCGCUGGAUGCCUGGGCCACGCACUUUGACCUGCUGGCAGAGUACAUACCAGGGUCCAGCGAUGGAGACACUGACUGCUUCUCAUUCAAGCUCACCCUGGUGCCCCCCUUUGGGGAAAAGGGGGCCAGAGUGGACUUCUGUCUCCGGUACGAGACCCCUGUUGGGACUUUCUGGGCCAACAAUAGUGACCAGAACUAUGUGAUGUUUUGUCACCAGAAAAUCAAGGAGUCGAAAGAGAAACCAGAAAAAGACAAAAGCGGGCGCAGGAAAAGCAUCCUGAAAGCCAUCAGUCAUGACAUUCCCUGUGAUGAAAACUGGUCGUCAACCAAUGCUGAAUCUUCAGACGUACACAACCGUGGAGGGAAGAUGGCUAGUGUGAACACUUCUGAGUCUCAGUCAGGAGCACUCCAAGAUGAUCGUCAGAAACUAAUGGUUGAGAGCAGCCGGAACUCCAGCAGAAGAAACCGACGAAAGGCAGCACGAUUGGCGAAGGUGCGGGACUACUUCACCCAGAGAGAGGAUGAGACCCAAGAGAAAGAGAAGGGAGCAGUGGAACCAUCACAGAUCCCACAGGAAAGCACAUUCCCACAGGAAAAGCUUUCAAAUAGGCCUGAGGUACAACCACUGCCACCACAGGGCAGGAAAGGGUUUGGGCUGCAGGCAACAGAUUCUCUGUCUACGUGCAAACUGUCUCCUGGUAUCCCAGACAGCACGUCUUGGCAGGAGUCAGUGAAACCUGAGAAAAUAGACCCAACGUUCCGAUCAGCCCCAUCAGAGCUGAGAGGGAAACAGGCCUCACUGAUCCCCAGCAGCAAGUCAGAUUCAACCGAUCAACCUGCUGCUGUGAGCCAAAAUGGUGAUACGUCUGUUUUCAGUGUGGAGGGAAGUGCUCUGAUGCAUAUGGAAACGGAGAAGGGUGAAUCUGCCAUCAGCACAGACAUAACACAUUCAGAUAACAUUAUCAGGUUGGAGAACAGCACAGCAGGCCCAGUCCCAGGCAGCCAGACCAAUAGCUUUAUGUUUGGUAAUGUUGUGGCUCCACCAUACUGUCAGGAGUUUGGUAGAGUGGAGAGUGGGAGUCCGAGCUUCACCCAUAGAGGGAAUCGAACAAGUGGUCAAUUGCAUGAAUGGGAUUCAACAGCCUACACAGCCCAGAGUUACCCAUCCACAGAGGAAGUAGAAACUCACUCCUGUGUUUCAGCUGAUACUCGUGGAACACCUGAUGACAAACCUGUAGAUCAACAGGGGUCUCUUAAAUCAAACCCAGAACACUUCAGCUCUGGAUUAAGUACAGAAAGAGAGUCUGAACCUAAACUUCUGUCAGAAGAGGCAGGAGGUCUCCUCAGGACUCGCACUGCCCUGAACACUGCUGCUGCUCUCGGGGCACAAAUCCUUAUUGUGAACUCAGGCCUCCAGGGGUCUGAGGAGAACAUUCUGCCUCCUCAGAACCAGAUGCACCAGGACAGUAAGCUUUCACAAACACAAACCCCAUUACCAAACACAACACCUUCACAAACUCCAGUAGACACAACACUUUCACAAACACAAACCCCAUUACCAAACACAACACCUUCACAAACUCCAGUAGACACAGCACUUUCACAAACACAAACUCUGAUAGACGCGACACAAGGCAGUUUCCUACAGUUACAAACUGAAAUGGGGUCAAAGCAUGUCUCUGCUGAGAUGACUCUGCAGGGGGCCAGUUGUGGAUAUGAGAUACCUGAUGAGUCAGAUGAAAUGGAGAACCCUCUCACAGAUGAAUGGUCAACAAGCCCAUUCACAGAAAUAGUAGACACACCUAUAGCCAUGCUAGAGCCUGUGGAUGCUGACCUGAAAGUUCACACUUCAGAGACCGAGGAAAAGAUCACCACUGAGCACCAAAACUUUGCUGUGCCCCGUACGGACACACUGGAGGAAGAAACCAGUGGGACAGCAUUGAAAGAUGAUUCCAUUGUCAUUAAGGAAUGGACAUCAUUGGAGAAAUUAAUGAUGAGAAAACAAACAGAUCAAGUGAAGGAUGAACUAUCAUUUGAAGUGUCAAACAUUUUAUGCAAUGAAGAAAACCGGCAUUCUAUUGACAACGAGGAUUAUGAUGAUGUAGAUGGAGAGAUGUCAAACUAUGUGAGGUAUGAUUAUGAUAAAGACACUGACAAGGGCUCAAAGUUCAAAGAAGAAGAUAUUCAUAAGGAAGUUGAACUGGUAAUGAUGAACAGUAAGAAGUAUUUAGUUCCUACAAAGAAGGAGAUAGACACAAGUAAUGGACAACCAUUUCUAAAGAAAGAUCGAAUAGUAAAAGACUGGGAGGGGACUGUGGAAGAGGAAGACACGAUGGAGGAAUAUGUGGAGGGGGACGAAUGGGAAAUAGAAGAAGAGGAGAUAGUUGUGGAAGAGGAGAUGGUGGUUGGGACAAAGGAGUUGGAGGAGACAGGGGAGGUGGAGGAGACAGGGGAGGUGGAGGAGACAGGGGAGGUGGAGGAAACAGGGGAGGUGGAGGAGACAGGGGAGGUGGAGGAGACAGGGGAGGUGGAGGAAACAGAGGAGGAAGUGGAAAAGGAGAAAGAAGAAAUUAUGAUACGGGAAAAGAUAGAAGAAAUGGUGAAGGAAGGAGUGAAGGUGGUGAAGGGAGAGGGGGAAAUGGAGAAAGAAAUGGUGAAGGAAGGAGCGAAGGUGGUGAAGGGAGAGGGGGAAAUGGAGAAAGAAAUGGUGAAGGAAGGAGCGAAGGUGGUGAAGGGAGAGGGGGAAAUGGAGAAAGAAAUGGUGAAGGAAGGAGUGAAGGUGGUGAAGGGAGAGGGGGAAAUGGAGGAGGUGGUAGUUGAAGAAGAGAUGGAGGAUGUUAAGUGGAUAGAGUGGGAGGAAGAGGAGAGUGUAGAGGAAGAGGAGGAGAUUGUAGAGGAAGAGAAGGAGGAGGAAGAGAUUGUAGAGGAAGAAACUGCAGAUGUAGAAGUAAAGGAAAUUGUAGUAGAUGAUCAAAAUGAGUUGGUAGACGAGUUUAGCAUGAACAUGGACAAUAUGAAUGAGGGUGAGGGUGGUAAGAGCACAACUGUAAAGGUCAACGAAGAAUCUAGCCCAGUAGAUAAUACAUUCAUGACAAAUGAAGUGUCAAAUCCUUGCCACAAAGAAACUAUCAAUGACGUAAGGCUGGACACCAAGCAUCCACGAGAUGAAGAAAUGGAAUCUAUCAAUGGAGAAGGGGAGACCUGCAUUCAAUCGGAUAAAUCUGUCAGUGGGAAAGAGGGUGAAGGGGAGGGCGAGGAGGACCAUGCUUCCACAGAGUCUCUGUCAGAGGAUAAGAUAGAGCUGUACAUGCGCAGUCUAAGGGCAGUGCAGAAGCUACGAAACAAGGACUUAGCCUUGAGUCUUGGGAAACGGCCCUCCAUAAGCAGAAGAGGCAGCAAACCGUCCAUGACGUCCAUCAGUGAGUCUGUGGAUGAGGAGCACCCGAGCAACCAGGAAGAUCAGCCAGACACAGAGACAGUGGAGCAUCAGCCUACAAAUACACUGCCCCUAGUGGAGGGAGGGCAUGAUAGCACCAGGAGCAAUAUAACGUGGUGGAGAGAAUCAUUUUCUUGGCAUAAUCCCUCAAAGACACUGUUAUACACCAUCCUGUUUGUAGUGUUCUUUUUUGCUGCAUACCAUUAGGACUUUCUGGUCUGUUUUAGACAGGCUGGUUUGUCAGGGGGAGAAACAGCCAAUUAUAAUAAAUAAUACAAUAGGUUGAGACCUGUGAAAAUAUAUUUCAGUGUCUAUAAAGUGCACAACAAUUAAGUUUCAUUAUUUAUCAUUAUGCCUCAUCUCUAAAUAUAGCCUCUAAAUAGAUGUUAAACAAUAUAAUUUAAGAAGCACGUGCAGUGGCUGAUAGAGAAAACAGAUCUGGCAAUAAGAAUGGGCUAUAGAUAGUCUUGACCAUUUGGGACCCGUUGGCAAUUUCGCUCAGGACAGGUUAUAGCCAAGACUUAAUCAAUAUUUUGUUUUGUCUUAUUUAUUGAUAUGGAUAUAGCCUCUGCGUGAUGGGAUUGUACAACGUAAAUGGUUUUAACAAGUCUUCUUACAGAGUGGAAUUCAUUAAUACAACAGUCAAAAUGCCUAAUAUAAGGCCUACAGUCUGUGCUCCCAAAUACUGGAAAAAGUGUGAUUCAUUAGUUUACAUGAUCACUACAGUAGCCCCACGCGGCUAUACAAAUGUAUUAUGCAAUAAUAUGGCCAUUAAAUAACACACAACAGCAAGGCAUAUUCAGAUAGUGGAAUAAGCCUAAAUCAUGUUUACUUUCUAUUUUGCAGCUCAGGCGGUUUUUCUAGACAAGGCUCUUCUGUGUCUUCAUAGUAUCAUUCUCAAACAAGUCAUUUUCUGAAGCCCAAGCCUAUAGUAUGCCAUCUACUGAUAUAACGUCAUUAUCGAAUUGCGUUCUAAAACAAGCUCUAGACAUUUAUUUUGGAAAUGAAACCGGAAGCUGCAAAGCAUUUCUAACGUCUGGGCUAGAGUUGCUUGAUUGACUAGUUAACUUCGACUAGCUACGUUCGGUUCAUGUCAUUUGCACAUGCCACGUUCCUGACAAAGGUUUGUAUACAUAAAAAAGAUCAGUAACCGAGUAAAGGGAGACGUAAUGUAAGAAUUCAUUGUCGUAACAUAGGGUUUGUACAUUUACAGAUCUAAUUUAACAGUUACGUUCCAUGUGAAAAUAUAUUUCAGUGUCUAAAGUGCUCCACAAUUACGUUUCAUUAUUUGUCAUUAUGCCUCAUCUGAGACUACAUGUAGAUGACAGAAAUCACAAAAGGUAACCAUUUUUGGUAAAAUGAUGUGGGUAAAAAGUAGAAUAUAAAUGUUGACACCAAAUAAAGACUUUGAAUUCAGUAUAUUCCUCGUUCUAUCCAGAUUUGAUCAAAAUAAAUGUAUAUAUUUUUGAACAUUCUUAUUAAAAUUAUAUUAACAGGUGAGUGUGUUUUAUAAUUAACUUAUGAGGGUCAGUUAGUUUAAGGCAGACCCUUCAAUAGAGCACACAAUAUUAUUUAUCCAAUAUAAUGUUGUGACGUUUCUACAUACAUACUACGGUUGCAUCUUGUACAGCAGCUGUUUGUUUGAGCACAAAUUAGUUCAAAGCCCUUUGUUCAAAUAACUGUUCUUGUUUAUUAAUGUUCUGUAUUAUGUCAUGUUUCAUGUUUUACGUGGACCCCAGGAGGAGUAAUGGGGAUCCUUAUAAAAUACAGAAUACCCAGUUACAAGGCUGUGGACCAUUGCUUGGUGUGGUUCCUGUUAACUUUUAUUGCAUUAUUUUAUUUGGUGUAAAUGAAGCUGAUUUUAGAUGUAUUUUGUACCAAUGCCUCCAGAUUCAUAAUAUCCAUGUACAGUAUGUUAAAUAUGGUUAACAAAAAUUAUUUAUGAAUCUCUUUUUCUGAUAAUAUACUACAGUCAAACGGUCAUUUCCUACAAUCUUUCAACAAAUAAAGCAAAACUAAAACCUAACAUACUAUAAUUGACCACCAUGCAUACGUACAGUACACUUGAGACACAGGGUAGCCUAGUGGUUAGAGCGUGGACUAGUGACUGGAAGGUUGUAAAUUCAAAUCCCUGAGCUGACAAGGUACAAAUCUGUCGUUCUGCGCCUGAACAGGCAGUUCCUAGGCCGUCAUUGAAAAUAAGAAUUUGUUCUUAACUGACUUGCCUAGUUAAAUGGAGGUAAAAUAAAAACAUUAAAAAUGUAGAACACAUCUGAACAUUUCCCACAAUGUGAUUUAUACUGUAUGCAGAACUGUUAUGAUGAAGCAGGGGCAGACUGGGACCAUAAAUCGGCCCAGGUAUUUCUGACACUGUCCCACCAAGGUCACAUGGGCUGGUCCACUAAACUAUUUUAAGCCGGUGCAUGUGAAAUGGGACAGCAGCCCCUUAGCCAAAUAAUGAUAAUUCUGCACCAGUGGAGGCUGUCAAGGACUACCAACGUUGUUUCCACGUGAUUUCAAUGAAAUUACAUUGGACCAUUGUCGAAUAUUCUUUGAAUUGACAUCUGUGCCCAGUGGGUAGUGAGUGGCAUUGUAUUUAAGCAGAAAUUUAAGUCUCUAAUAUCCCAGUGGUGAUUUGCUCUCAUCCAGGCUUUUUAAGGCUUUGUAAUGACACAUAUAUUUCCUGUACUCUGGUACCUUCUUUAAAUACUGUAUUGGGCCUACUAAAAUCUGUCAAUCUGCCAUUGAGCAAGGUAAGCAAACCCUAAUUGAACCAGGGUCACCGUCAAUAACGGCUCACAUUUGCAUUUCACACCACACACUUGUACAGGUCACAGACUUGUACGUGUGUGAAAAAUGACAAAUAUAAGCACCCUUAUUUGACCUUUGACCUGUAGAGGCCCCCAACUCCCCUGUGUGAGGUUUACUCUUGGUAAAUAUACAGAUUGGUAUGGUUAAACAUUUGAGAAGUUAUGAAAGGGGUGCAUACCUCACAGUAAGAUUACAACGCUAUCAUGUGUCAAUGUUAAUGAACGGUUGAUAGGGAAAACAGAAAGUCUUAACCAUAGUACACUCCUUACUCCCAUCAGCUGUAGACAGCAUUGUCUUGAGAUUCAAACUGUGUAUAUUUGUUUUUCUGGUGUGUCAAUAUGUCUGUCUUGGCUGUGGUCAGAUAAGAUAUAGAUUCAGGUGCCUGGUUCUUAUCUGUUGAAAUGUUUGUCCUUCCCUUUAACAAUAUGAAUAAAUUGACAGCAAAAAAACAUCUUCU